GCCGCCAACAGAAGGAGCCGCGUUUCCCUGCUCUCCCUCCGCCGCCUUGUGCAGCGACCCCCCCCCCACCCCGCAAUCCCCUCUCAAGCCCUGUCCGCCCUUCAGCGCGCCAUGGAGGAGGAGCGGGCAGGGGAGCAGAUGAAACCGCUACUCACAACGAUUACUGAAGGAGACGGUGGAUCCAGCUUCUUGAAGGAGGGCCAUGAUGAAGAAGCUGUUGUGGAUACGGGCAAAAUCAGCUCUACAAUCACCACAAAUUUUGAGAAAGAAGAACUAGAAAGUCACAGAGCUGUGUAUAUCGGCGUGCAUGUCCCCUUCGGAAAGCAGGGUCGACGGCGUCAUAAGCACCGAGGACAUAAGCAUCAUAGACGAAGAAAAGAAAAGGAAACUGAUAGAGAAGAUGGGCGAGAAUCUCCAUCCUAUGACACACCGUCUCAGAGGGUGCAGUUUAUCCUGGGUACAGAGGAUGAUGAUGAAGAACACAUUCCUCAUGAUCUGUUCACUGAAAUGGAUGAACUUUGCUUUAGAGAAGGAGAAGAAUAUGAAUGGAAAGAAACUGCCAGAUGGCUGAAAUUCGAAGAAGAUGUUGAAGAUGGCGGUGAGCGGUGGAGCAAACCUUAUGUCGCUACGCUGUCUCUCCACAGUCUGUUUGAACUGAGGAGCUGUAUUUUAAAUGGGACAGUCAUGUUGGAUAUGAGAGCCAGUUCACUGGAUGAAAUAGCAGAUAUGGUAUUGGAUAACAUGAUAGCUUCUGGUCACCUGGAUGAAUCUAUGAGAGAGCCUGUUAGAGAAGCUCUUCUGAAGAGACACCAUCAUCAGAAUGAGAAAAAAUUCAGUAAUCGGAUUCCCCUUGUCCGAUCCUUUGCAGAUAUAGGCAAGAAACAUUCUGACCCUCUCUUGCUUGAAAGAAAUGGGGAAGGCCUUUCAGCCUCCCGGCACUCUUUACGAGCAGGUCUCUCUGCCUCAAAUAUUUCCCUGAGAGGAGAGAAUCGCUUGUCCCUUCUUCUCAAUUACCUUCUUCCUGGAUCUCCAGCUGUCUCAAGGAGCACAACCCCUUUACCUACCCCACAAAGCACUCCACCCUCCAGUCCUGGGUGCGGUCACAAGGCAACCACAAAUUUGCAGCCAACCGAGCUUCAGGGUGCUGAACUCCUAGUGUCUCCUUCUAGCGAUGAAAUCCCUAAAGUAGUAAUUCAUCCACCUGAGGAGGAUUUAGACGCUCAGGAAAGCAAGGAGAAGACGACAGAGGAUAAUAGUGACGUAACAACAGGACUUUUAGCAUCACCACAAUCUGCCCCUGGUAAUUUGGAUAUUGGAAAAAGUGAACUUAAAAGUAGUGGAACAGGCGGAAGUAGAGAAAACAGCACUGUUGAUUUCAGCAAGGAGUCUGCCUCCUGGCACUGUAGUUGUGGCACACUUGGUGUGGGACUCAAGAGGCCAGCUGUAGAUAUGAACUUUAUGAGGAAGAUUCCCAUAGGUGCAGAGGCAUCAAAUGUGUUGGUGGGAGAAGUGGACUGUUUGGAGAGACCAAUUAUUGCUUUUGUGAGGCUAUCUCCUGCUGUGCUUCUCACAGGUCUCACGGAGGUUCCUGUUCCUACACGAUUCCUUUUUGUGUUGCUGGGUCCAGCAGGAAAAGCACCUCAAUAUCAUGAAAUUGGUCGAUCAAUAGCAACACUUAUGACUGAUGAUGUUUUCCAUGAUGUUGCUUAUAAAGCCAAAGACCGAAAUGAUCUUCUGUCCGGAAUUGAUGAAUUUUUAGAUCAAGUAACUGUUCUGCCUCCAGGAGAAUGGGAUCCAUCUAUACGAAUUGAGCCACCGAAAAGUGUUCCUUCUCAGGAGAAAAGGAAAAUACCUAAAUUUCCAAAUGGAGCUGCUUCUCCUGGAGAGUCUCUUAAAGAAGAAGGUCAUCAUGCUGGACCUGAACUUCGGAGGACUGGAAGGCUUUUUGGUGGUUUGAUACUUGACAUCAAAAGGAAAACACCUUUUUUCUUGAGUGACUUCAAGGAUGCAUUAAGUCUGCAGUGCCUGGCCUCGAUUCUUUUCCUAUACUGUGCCUGUAUGUCUCCUGUAAUCACUUUUGGAGGGCUGCUUGGAGAAGCUACAGAAGGCAGAAUAAGUGCAAUAGAAUCUUUAUUUGGAGCAUCAUUAACUGGGAUUGCAUAUUCAGUGUUUGCUGGGCAACCUCUGACAAUACUCGGGAGUACAGGACCUGUACUAGUAUUUGAAAAAAUAUUAUUUAAAUUCUGCAAGGAUUAUGAGCUUUCGUAUCUCUCCCUACGAACCAGCAUCGGUCUAUGGACAGCAUUUUUGUGUAUAUUGUUAGUAGCAACUGAUGCAAGCAGCCUUGUGUGUUACAUCACUCGAUUUACUGAGGAGGCGUUUGCUGCUCUAAUUUGUAUGAUAUUUAUAUACGAAGCACUGGAAAAGCUUUAUCAGUUGGGAAAAAUUUAUGCUUUCAAUAUGCAGAACGACCUCGAUAAACUGACACUGUAUUCAUGUGUGUGUGUAGAGCCUCAAAAUCCCAGCAAUAAAACACUGGAGCUAUGGAUGACAACCAACACAUCUGUGGAUACUAUACCCUGGGCUAACCUCACAGUUAAGCAAUGUAAUGAUCUUCAUGGUGCAUUUGUUGGAUCAGCCUGUGGCCACCAUGGUCCAUAUUUCCCAGAUGUUUUGUUUUGGUCUGUCAUAUUAUUCUUUACAACAUUUUUCCUCUCAUCUUUCUUCAAGCAGUUCAAGACCAAACGGUAUUUUCCAACUAAGGUGCGUUCUACAAUAAGUGACUUUGCUGUAUUUUUGACAAUAGUGAUUAUGGUUCUCAUUGAUUACCUUGUGGGGGUUCCUUCUCCUAAACUCCUUGUGCCUGAAAAAUUUGAACCUACACGAAGUGACCGGGGAUGGCUCAUAGAUCCUCUGGGAACUAAUCCUUGGUGGACACUUGUGAUAGCUGCAGUUCCUGCAUUACUCUGUACCAUUCUCAUUUUUAUGGACCAGCAAAUUACAGCAGUUAUCAUAAACAGGAAAGAGCAUAAGCUCAAGAAAAGUUGUGGCUAUCAUCUCGAUCUGCUUAUGGUUGGCAUUAUGCUAGGUAUAUGCUCUAUCAUGGGAUUGCCUUGGUUUGUGGCUGCAACUGUUCUUUCCAUAAGUCAUGUCAACAGUUUAAAAGUAGAAUCUGAGUGUUCUGCUCCAGGAGAGCAGCCGAAGUUCCUGGGAAUCCGUGAGCAGAGGGUGACAGGAUUAAUGAUCUUUGUUCUGAUGGGGUUGUCAGUGUUUAUGACCUCUGUAUUAAAGUUUAUUCCAAUGCCAGUUUUGUAUGGUGUUUUUCUUUACAUGGGAGCAUCCUCACUAAAAGGCAUCCAGUUUUUUGAUCGUAUCAAAUUGUUCGGAAUGCCUGCCAAGCAUCAGCCUGAUUUGAUCUAUCUGCGAUACGUGCCACUCUGGAAAGUUCAUAUAUUUACUGUAGUUCAACUUACCUGUCUUGUACUUCUGUGGGUAAUUAAAGCAUCGCGGGCGGCUGUUGUUUUUCCUAUGAUGGUUUUAGCUCUAGUAUUCAUUCGCAAACUCAUGGAUUUGUGUUUCACCAAACGGGAACUCAGUUGGCUUGAUGACCUUAUGCCAGAAAGCAAGAAGAAGAAGGAAGAUGACAAAAAGAAAAAAGCAAAGGAAGAAGCUGAACGAAUGUUUCAGACAGUGGACAGUGAAACUGUACACCUUCCAUAUGACAGAGGCGAUGUGUUACAGAUUCCAGUGAAAGCUCUAAAAUACAGCAUUGAUCCUUCUGUUGUAAACAUAUCAGAUGAAAUGGCCAAAACUGCACAGUGGAAGGCUCUUUCCAUGAACACAGAGAAUGCCAAAGUAGCAAGAUCUAACUUGAGCUCUGAAAAAGAAGAGUGUGUGAAAAUAGACGUUGAAAAUACAUCUGAAACAAAGUAUGUAGAUGCUGAAACCUCGUUAUAGAAAUAAACAAGGGUAUAUAUCAUUUUAUAGGAUAUACUGUAAAAGGGUGACUUCCAACCUUCUUUCAGGUACUGAAAUUUGAACUCUGUAUACUGUAAGCACAGCAACAAGACUUUAAGACAGGAAAGAAGUGGCAAAUCACUCUGGAAAUAUUUAUUUUAGUGGAAUGCUUAUUUCGGGUUUUUUAAAUAGGAAAAUUACAUUUUAGUUAUCCAUACAUGUCAAAUUAUCUUUAACUGUAAAUUAUUGGUCUGCAAUGUGUAGAAUUUUCUAGUAUAUAGAUUUUUUAAAAUAAUUUAUUGCAGUAAUUAAUGUCCUUUUUUCAGGCAAUUAUUGUUUGGGUUUUUGCAAAAUGUUCUGUAUGUCAAUCUGCCUAGAACAAAUUCCAAAUGUGCCAUUUCACAAAUGACUGCAUUUUCAGCCCUUUCUCACUUCAUGUUGCUGUUUCCUGGGGGACUUAAUUCACAUUUGUGGCAAUUUCUUGAAUCAUAUGUGUGAGUAUGGAAUUAUUAAACACUAUUCCAUUUUUUAAAAAAUACUCCAGUCUCAUGUCUACAUCAUGCUAGACAACUUCUCAGUUUUAAUUUCUAAUUCAGCAUUUCACAACUCAUGGAAAAUCCAGUGAUCUGUUAUGGGGCUUCCUUCUUCAUCAAAUAUUUUGCAAGGACAGAUUAUAUUCUCUUCACUGAAAUUAAUGAGGCAGUUCACUAAUACAAGGGGAUGGAAUGGGACACACAUCCAGACUUGGGUGCUUGUUUUAAAAUGUAAACCAAUUCUGUUUUUAGUAAGUUCUUCACAUAUAUUUUUCUUUCUCUGAGUUCCCUUUUCCUGCACAUACAUAAUUAUCAGCGAAAAUAAAUUGAGUCUUUAGAACUACCACCUUAUUCUUUAGUGCUUCAUUUUCAAAUUAAAACUAGGGUAUGGAAUUAGGACCAAUGCCUGUUGGAUAGGGUUUAGAAUCAUAAGCUUUGUGCAGGUGAGAUUCCUUGCUUUUGUAAAAAGGUAUAUUUAAAACAUGCCAAUGUUCAUUUCUAAGAAUGCUUUCACGUAAUUUAAUAUCAUAUCAAAUGCUGUACAAGUAGUUUAGGGCAGUCUUCCCCAACCUGAUGUCCUCCAGAUAUGUUGGACUACAACUCUUAGUAUUUUCCAGCCAGCCAUGCUAGCUGAAUGUCCUGGGUAUUGUAGUCCAACACAUCUGGAGGGCACCAGAUUGGGGAAGACUGCUCUAGGAAAUUUAAACUGUUUUGUCCUGACUGCUAAAACAUAACUCAGCAAAUAUAUCUGACCUAGUUUUAAAUACUGUUUGGGACUGAAGCUUAACUUACAAAUUCCUGCAAAGGCAGCAGAGUGUAAGUCUCCAUUUUAGGUAAACACAAUUGUAGUCAUGGGUACUUAACAUCUAAGGCAAUAAAUUGUGAUCUGAAGCUUCACCGCAUGCAGAGCGUCUAUGACAAUAAGGACUUUUCUGAUGUUGAGGAUGUGCAUAUGAAGUUGUCUGCAAUAUAGGAGUGAAUGGGGGAGCUCUUGCUUGUGCUCCAUGUACCUAUCAAAAAAUACCACUCAUACUAAGGGAGCCCCUGGACUGGAGCUAAUGGGUUAGAUCCAGAUGUAGUCAUAUGCAGAGUACACCCAUUGAAA